UAGAGUCCAUUUUUGGGCGCGAAGAGUAAUCCUGUUCUCCACUCCACCUUUAGCGUAGGUCACAUUCGAAUUUGACGCGGCGCGACCAAGGCGAGGAAGAAACCAAAGAACGAAUCGCGUUCCAUAUUUACCAUUAAUACUUCCCUUAAGCUGAUUUGCCUUCAUCUCAGUGAGAGGGGGGAAUGGAAUCACCGCAUCCAGGUUCAAGAGGGGCAGAAGCACUUAAACAGAUAUCUCCUGGAUCAUCAAUUUCUGUUGCAUAUCACCCACUUUUUGGACCUCAUGAUGACCUUCUCCUUCUAGAGCUUGAUGAGAAGCUUCUCCCUGAUGUUCUGCAUGAAAGGGUGGUUCUGAGAGGACAGCCUGAUGAAGAUGCAGUUCUUUGUACUCAAUCCAAAACAUAUGCGAUGAAGUUUGUUGGAACUUCUAAUUCUGUUCUGCUUGUACCACCAGCGAAUCAUUCAGAGUUUCAUGAAAAUCCACAAAAGAAUGAUACUAAUAAUGAUGAAGAGAAAGUCAUUGCACCGAUAAUCAAAAUUGUAUCUGGUAGUAUGGAGCUUAUUGAAGCAGCCCCUAGACUUGAUAAACUUAAAUCACUUCUGUCAGAAAAGCCUUAUAAUUUUGAGGAGUAUGACGUGGGAAAUUUAGAAGAGAAUCGGGAAUCUAGAAUAGGGUUAUAUACUUGGAAUGAUCUAAUAGAAAAUAUUCAAGCUAGUGAUGAGGAAUUAAGGUCUGGACUGCAGGCUCUUUCAGCGCUGGAGAUUAAUGGGUAUUGGAGAGUAGUAGACGGGAAUUACAUGGACAUGAUUCUGGGAAUGCUGUUGAAAAAUUCAGUGUUGAAUGACUGGUCACUUGAUGCUUUAAAUGAAGAUGAAGUUGUGAACACACUGGAAUCAGAUGGAUUUCCUGGGGUGCUUGCAAGGCAUUGUUUGCAUGUAUUUGGCAAGCAAGUAAAUGAGUGCAGGCAUAGUGGUGUCUGGAAGUUGGAUGAGAAGCGAGUAUGCGUACAUUUUGCAAGAGAAAUCCUGAAAGGGGGCAAGAAGAAAUUAGAGAGUUUCAUGGAUGAAUGGAGGCAGAAGAUUCCAGAGGGAAUGCAGCCCACUUUUGAUCUUGUGGAAGGAGAGGUAUUAACAGAGAGAAUUGGAGUUGAGACAUGGGUUCGCGCCUUCAGUGUCGCUUCGUUGCCUUCCACUCCAGCUGAGCGUUUCUCCAUUCUUUUCAGAGAGAGGCCAAAAUGGGAAUGGAAAGAUCUGCAGCCCUAUAUCAGAGAUCUGAAUGUACCAGGUCUUUCUUCAGAAGGUUUGCUUCUCAAAUACACUCGAAGGACACAACCAUCACCUGACACAGAACCAGUUUUCAGUGCAAGAUAGUAUGUAUUGAGUAUUGACCAUGUCUAUUACUUCAAUAUAAAAAUUUAGAAUUAUCUUGUUUUUCCUCUGUUUCCAGUUUUUUUAUGCAUAUUUCGUAUGAGUGUAAAAUCAAGAUUUGUUACUAUGCUUUACUAUUUGAGACAUGCUUAGCAGAACUAACUUGUGGUGAUAAGCUUUGUGUCUACCUUUCCAUGUUCGGAAAUUAUUGUUUGCUUUUCAAAUGCAGAUCUACCAAAAUC